AUGAACAGCGACCAUACGAGAGACCCAUGUCCCUGGGUGAUUCUCAAUGACUUUGGCGGUGCCUUCUCUAUGGGGGCCAUUGGUGGCGGAAUUUGGUACGGCAUUAAAGGAUCGAGAAAUUCUCCCCGAGGUGAACGAUUCGUCGGGGCUAUUUCCUCCAUGAAGGCCCGUGCUCCCGUGGUCGGAGGCAAUUUCGGUGUGUGGGGAGGAAUGUUUUCAACAUUCGACUGCGCCGUCAAGGGCUGGCGACAAAAAGAGGACGCAUGGAAUGCCAUCCUCUCUGGGUUUGCUACUGGUGGAUGCCUGGCAUUACGGAGUGGUCCCAAAGCAGCAUUCCAGUCUGCUGUUGCUUGUGGUAUCCUUCUCGGAGUCUUCGAAGGAGUAGGGGUACUUCUCAGUCGAGUAUUCAGCGAAGGUCAACGACCCCAAGCACCUUUACCACCUUCCAUGACACCACAGGCACCCCCGUCGUCCAUUCCCGGAUUAUCAUAG